CGAUUGCGUAAGACCGAUCGAUAACAAAUUUCUCAUGGAGGUAGAAUUCGCUAACGCCAUCCAGUGUUAAGUUUUGUCAAAAUUUUAGGAAUGGAUGAAAACGCUAGUGAACCAGAAGGUGGUGAAACCAUUACAGACAUUCAAAAUUAUUUGGCAUCUUUCAAUAAAGAAAUUCAAGAUGGAGGAACUGCAGGAUCAUCCACCGCUGCAGCUGCUUUGGAAUCUACAACAGAAGGAACUGCUGCAGAAGGCAGUACAGAAACAGCUUUCUUCGUUGCUGCUCCUGGUACAGCAGCUGGAGAAGGAUUCCAGUUUGAGCAAGCUGAGGCUCCUUUUGGAACUACCUAUUAUACAUCUUCUGAUGGAACAUAUUAUGCUACCACUACAGGAGACCCUAAUCAAGCAAGCACUCUGGCAUUUGCUACUCAGGCAGAUGGUACCACUGUUUUGCCAGUAGCUGGACAAAGAACUGCAUACCGUACUGUAAGCACAGGCGAUCAUGCUGGCUUACAGCAGAUUGUAUUAGCUGUAAGCGAAGCUAAUUCAGCUGCUGGUACCAGUGGCACUCGGCAAGAGAUAGUAGCCAUUCCUGCGUCUCUAGCUCCACAGGCUAUUGGUAAUACUGCACAAGUUGGGGACCAACAGGCUUUUGUAGCAAUGCAAGCUACAUCGUCUCAUGAUGGACAGAUAGAAGAGACCCAAUCUGUUCAAAAUCAAGGGCAGUUGGCUACCUUAGUGACAUCUGAUGAUGGAGGCCAGGUAGAUUCUAAAUCUGGUUUAUCUCAAGUACAGACUAUUCGCAUGAUUUUAAGAAAUGCAGAUGGGACAGAGACGGAACAGAAUGUUCCAGUCUCUUCCUCUCGUGUGCCAACCUUGCUCACAAAUGAUGGACAAGAAGUGCAACUGAGUGAUGAGAAUCAAUUGCAGAUGAUAUCAACAAUUGUAGAACAAGCUGCAUCCAGUGGACUGGCUGAUGGAAAUAAUCAGGUUAUUCUCAAUGUUGGUAAUGCUUACCAAGCUGUAACAGUAGUGCCCACUAAUGGGGCAUCAGGAGAAGUUAGUUAUAUGUUCAUUGUGGCUCAGUCUGAUGAUGAUAAAGACCCUACUAAAGAGAUGGAUCUUGACAUGUCUGUGUACGAUUUUAAUGAAGGAGAAAAACAUGGAGAAAUAGUUGCUGAAGAAGUUGCACCGGAUGGCACAAAGACAAGGACUAUUCGAAUUACUCAGAAGAAAAGCCAGAUAGUUACACAAGCUCACAUGUGUAAUUAUUGUAAUUACACUAGUCCCAAGCGGUAUCUACUGUCUCGUCAUAUGAAGUCCCAUUCAGAGGAACGACCCCAUAAAUGUGGUGUGUGUGAACGUGGCUUUAAGACAUUAGCUUCUCUUCAGAACCAUGUCAAUACCCAUACAGGUACUCGCCCACAUUGCUGUCGUGAUUGUGAUGCUUCUUUCACCACAUCUGGUGAACUAGUGCGGCAUGUUCGCUAUCGUCAUACCCAUGAAAAGCCCCACCGUUGCACAGAGUGUGAUUAUGCUAGUGUCGAGCUCAGCAAACUCAAGAGGCAUAUGCGUUGUCAUACUGGAGAGCGACCAUAUCAAUGUCCACACUGUACAUAUGCCAGUCCUGAUAUGUAUAAAUUGAAACGUCAUUUACGAAUCCACACUGGUGAAAAACCAUAUGAAUGUGAUGUUUGCCAGGCACGGUUCACACAGUCAAACAGUUUAAAAGCACAUAAAUUGAUCCAUUCUGGUAAUAAGCCGUCCUUCCAUUGCGAUUUCUGUCCCACAACCUGUGGUCGCAAAACGGACUUAAGAAUACACAUGCAGAAGCUUCACACCAGUGAUAAACCCUUGAAAUGCAAGAGAUGUGGAAAGACUUUUCCUGAUAGGUACUCUUAUAAGCUUCACUCUAAAACUCAUGAAGGUGAAAAGUGCUUCAAGUGUGAUCUCUGCCCAUAUGCUUCUAUUUCUCAGCGUCAUCUAGAGUCUCAUAUGUUAAUCCAUACUGACCAAAAGCCUUUCCGAUGUGAUGAAUGUGAUCAAGCUUUCAGACAAAAACAACUGUUAAGACGGCACAAAAACUUGUAUCACGAUCCAAAUUAUGUUGCCCCUGCUCCCAAAGAAAAGACCAAUGAAUGUUCAGAAUGUGGAAAAGCAUUUAGACAUAAAGGAAAUCUUAUUCGACAUUUGGCUAUUCACGAUCCAGAAGCAUCCAUGGCUGAAAAAGAGGAAGCUUUAAGGAUUGGUGAGCCCAAAGGUCCUGGUGAACAACCUGACGGUGAAGAGGAAGAGGUUUAUUACAUGGAAGAAGAGGAUGAAGAAGAUGUGGAUGCUCCACCAUUCUCUGGUGCAGUUACCAUUUCAGACCAGGGUACAGUUCAACAAACUGAAGAUGGACAACAGGUAGUUGUAUUUGAAGUAAUUCAACUUCAUCCUCCUGCAUCUGAUCAGCCGGUCACUGAACUUCAGCCAGCAGCCACGACUAGCAACGGUGAAACUACUAUAUUGCCAACUUUACAGGAAACUCCUGAGGAAGAAGAAGACUGUUAUGUAAGUGCGGUUGCAGAAGUUCUUGGACAGGUGGCUGCACAACAAACCCCUGCAUCUCCAGCAACUCCUGCAACACCAGCUCGACGUAGAGGUAGACCCAGAAAAACUCCUGCACCUGCUACACCUGUGACUGAAUUACUUAAACAAGUGAAAGUUGAAGAAAUUAAAGAAGAUUCUGUUAAAGAAACCCCAUCUGCUCGAGGUCGUAAGCGCAAGGUAACGGAAGUUGCUGAACCACCACCUGUAGAGAUACCAGUUGAAACUCCUAAAAGAGGAGGAAGGCCUUUGCGUUCUUGUCGGAUGAGGAAAGAUGAUUCCCAAAAUGUUUCUGAACCUGUAUCUGCUUCUGUUGUGCCUGAAGAAAUGGAAGACCUUCCUGAAUCUGAGGAGCUUGCUCGAAGAGAAGCAGAACAAGAAAGGAGAAGACUAGAACAAAAGCAGAAAGAUAUGGCAGAAUGCUUUGGAUUCAAUGAGGAUGAAGAAGAGACCGAAACAAUACUGGCUAUGCCAGCUGUUCCUGGUAGUCAGUCGAUGAAUGUGAUGGAAGAUGGCACCUUGCUUGUUAACCUUCCCAACCAUACCGGAACAUAACAUCUUCCCUCAUAAACAUUUUACACGCACGAUCUCUUUGGAAGGCCGAGCAUGUUUUGACGCACCUCCUGACUCUGCAAUUCUCUAUCAAUCCGAGAUAAACUCUCCAUAACUCGAGCACCAGUUAUUCGUCUUUUAUUUGUAAAUAAACGUUUUCCGAACUGGAAGAGGGAACUUGCACCUUGAUGAAACAGGUGUGACAAGUCAUAUGUGUGCGUAAGUGGACUGAAUGGGUGAAUGAACAUGCAUUUGAGAGUUAAUAUUCUGUUUUUAUCAUUUGUCUGUUAGUUACAUUUGAGAAAUUUGAAUUUAUUAUGUAUUUGUGCUUAUUGUUUUUUUUUAACAAUCUAUUAUUUUAUUGCUUGUAAAUUUUUUCCACCAUAUUUUUAAGGCUCAUAGAGAUUCUUUUUUUUUUUUUUUUUUUUUUGAGAUGUAUGUACAGUACAGUGUCGAUAGUAUGAGGAUCAGUUAUUGCCAAAGCUGAUUCUGAACUUAAUAAAUUAUAUAUUUUAAACUUUUUGUGUCAAAACUAGAAAAAAUGUGAUAAAUUUUUCUUAGUAAUGUGUUGAUUUUUUUUCUUUUUCAUUAUUGCAAAUUUUGGGCUUCCUUGACCUCUUUUUCAUUGUGAUUGUUGUUGAGAUCAGGGUUGUCUAUAAAAUUUUUCAGAAUAUUGACAUGUUUUCAUACAUGAAAUUAAUACAGAUAUAUGUAUUAAUAAAUUUUGAUGAGAUUAUUUUUCUGUUAUAUAAGUGUGUUCACUUUUUUGUUGCAAUUUAUUGCAAAUGUAGCUAUUGUACAGGUUUUAUAACUUUUUUGAAAAUUAAAAAGCAUACAAUUUUUUAACAUAUAAAUUUAUAUGAAAGCUCUAUUAUGAAAAACGGAAUUACAAAUGAGUGCAAACAUUUUUUCAAAUUGAAAUGUAAUCAUAGAUUUUUUAAAUCUUUUAUUUAUAUGAAUUAUCGACAUUUUGCUGUACUUAUUAUCUUAUGUAUAUUUACAUGAUAAUUUUCACUUCAAAUAUAAAUAUUUCGUAUAAGAUUUGAUUCUUUUACUUUGAUUUCUUUAUUAAAAAUUAAUAUUUUUCAUAUGAUGUACAUGUUAAAAGAGAAAAAAAAUAUUUGUUGUAUAAAAGAAUAUUUGAGUGGCAUAAAUUUGUUAAAUGUUAUUUUUCCCUGUGCUUGAUAUUUUAAUGUUUACAUGAAUGAAUUUAAUGAACUUUUGUGUAAACUUAAAAUCUUUUCUGACAAUAGGCUCAAUUUCACGAGUCAAUAAAUAACAUAGUGAUCAGUAUUUAUAUGUUUAUACAUUAGAAAAUUUUUUUAUGUGCUGUCUAUGAAAAAUACUGUGAUGUGAAACUAGAUAAAACAAAAAAACAGUGAAUAAAUCCAUAUUCCUUGUGAGAUGACAUGGCUGUUUGUAAAUUAGUAGUUUCCAAAAGUGUGUUAACUCUGCAUUUGAAACUCGACUGUGUUAUUUUUAAAUUGUAUUAGCAUUGUCUAAUACUACAUAGUUUCUGGAAAUCGUUAAAUUUAAAUUAAAAAUAAUCAUGUGAAGUAUAACUAAAUAAAUUGCAAUUCUUUAAGUUUAAUUAUGUAUUUUAGUAUAUUUUUUUAAUUUAGUUAAAAAAUUUCCCAACUUUAAAUCAUAAGUUAUCAGUAUAAAAUAAUUCAUAUUUAUAUGGCAAAUAUUAUUGAAUAAUAUUUUUGAAAGUAUUAAAUAAGUGUGAAUAUUUUAUAUUGAGAAUUUUGCAUUAAUUUAAAAAUCUUGUGUUUAUUUAUGUUUAAAUAAUCUAGCUAUGUUUUAUUAUUUCCAUAUUCUUAUAAAACUGUUCAGCAUAAACUUAAUUAGUAAAUAUUUUGCUUAUUUAAAGAUUUGGAUAGUUUUAUUUAUAUUAUUUGUAUUUUCUUGUUAAAAACAUUAUAUGCAGUGUUAUUCGUGUCCAUCACCACACAAUCAACACAAAUUACCUUGCAGCCAUUUGUCCUUAAUAGGAGAUUAUAAUUUUUUAAAAAUUGUACUUUGUUGCAAUACAUUUUCGUGUAUUGCGAAUUAAUCAAAUUUGUUUGUAAAAUAACUAUUUUUGAUUCGGUAUCUUAUUCUGAAUGUAAAUAUGAUUAAAAGAUUAUUUCCUAAUUAAUAUGAAUGAAUUAAGAGGGUGGUUUUAGCUCAUUUAGAUUUAUUUUGUGAUGUCAUGAAAUGGUAUUCCCACUGACUGCUGUUCUUUAGUGAAGGCGCUACUCUUCUAUUUUCUGAAGAGUUUCAUGUAGACAGUGAUUCGUGCAUGUAAAUUCCAUAAUAAAGUAUCUUUUCACAUUGA